AUGGCAGACCUCGUGGAAAGUAUUUUACGAGAAGAGGCUGAAAAAGAGUCAAAAUAUAAAACAAUCUUCGUUGAAAAAGAUGCCGAUGUUGAAAUCGACGAAGGGAACCUGCUGGCGUGUGAUCCUAACCCAAUCGAUGUUAAAUUGUUCAAAUCGAAUAAGGAUGACUUCAUCAAUAACCUGGCUAGAGAUAAUACACAGUUACUCUUUAAUCAGUUAUGGAUGUUGCCAGUAGAACGAGUUGAUAAUACAGUAUUGGCUAAGCUUCCAAAAGCUAAGACGUUAAUUCCUAGAGAGAAGAGAUUACCUAAACCUAGACCAGAAACAAAAUGGGAGAAAUUUGCGAAGGCCAAGGGAAUUCAUAAGAAGAAGGGUAAAGAUAAAAUGGCCUGGGAUGAACAACACAAGGAAUUUCGGCCCCGUUAUGGCUACAAUCGAGCUAAUGAUGAUACAAAAGACUGGUUAAUAGAGAUGAAAUCUAAUGCAGCUGAUGACGAGGACCCGUUUGAAAAGAGAAUAACAGAGCGAAAAGAACGAAGAGCAAAGAAUGAGUUACAGAGAUUACGUAAUAUUGCUAGAUCUCAAUAUGGUGGAAAAGUACCUGGUGUUGGGUUGACUCCUGUAGAGAAACCUAAUAAAGAUCAACUUGGUCGAGCUCUUGUUCUGGCUAAAAAAUCUACAGCCUCACUGGGAAAAUUUACAGAAAGAUUACCAAAGGAGAAAAAUACAGUUAAAGGGAAAAAACGAAAGUUUGAACCGUGUGUGGGAGAUAUGAAAAAAGAAAAAGAUAAACAACUGAGGAUAUUGAAGACAUUAAGUCAUGCGGUACCAAUCAACGUGGCUAAAGCUGCCAGCCAUUUCAUGUCACAGGAACCAGAUGAAAGGUAUGUAUUCUAUACAAAGUUUUAA